AGUAUAGUUUACACUUGACAUUUUCUGUGAAAAUGCAGGGUCGUACUUUUCUACUAUUUGUGGUUGGGAUUGUAAUUUGUGUCUUUCAUUUUUCUGAAGAAGCUAGGAUCCAGGGGUCAAGAUCAAGAUACGUCAGGCGGCUUAUACCAAAGGGACGGAAACCUGGACUGACAUUAAACAAUAUUCAAAAUGUAAGAGUAGUUGUACCACCAAGAAGACAGGUCACAACUGUUUUAAGGGGUUCUGGAACUGCAAAUCGCAAUGGCGGAAGUCGAAAAAGUUCAACCGGAAGACGAAUCAUUAGAAUAAUACCAAUAAGAAAAUCUAAAAACACAGCUCAAAGUUUAAGGAAGAGCAACAGACAGAGUAUUAGGAAGAAUAUUAAUAAUAUAUCUAACAAACAUCUCAACCAGACCAUUAUUAUUGCAAAAACAGCAAAUAUUUUCUCGCCCAUGGGAACACAAAAUAAUGGACCGAGUGCAAUUAACAAUAAAGGUAGUGGAAAUGUACAAACUGCAAGUGUUCCAGUAGGAGCUGGCGGUAGACGAGGUGGUCAAAGGGGUGGGGGUGGACAAGGUGCUGGUCAAGGUAGACAUGGAGGUGGACAAGGCCACGGUGCUGGUCAAGGUGGACAUGUAAUGGGUGGUGGCCAUGGAGGUCCACAUGGUGGUAAUGGUGGCGGUCAUGGAAUGGGCGGUGGCAAUGCAGGUGGUCAUGGAAUGGGCGGUGGAAAUGGUGGCAUUCAUGGAAUGGGUGGUGGCAAUGGAGGCGGUCAUGCAAUGGGCGGUGGCCUUGGUCCAUUAGGUGGCAACGGAGGCGGCCACGGAAUGGCCGGUGGACAUGGUGGCAAUGGCGGAGUUCAUGGUGGUGCUAAUGGAAUGGGUGGUGGCCAUGGAGGUCCUCAUGGUGGCAAUGGAGGCGGUCAUGGAAUGGGCGGUGGAAAUGGUGGCAUUCAUGGAAUGGGCGGUGGAAAUGGAGGUGGUCAUGGAAUGGGUGUUGGAAAUGUAGGCGUUCAUGGAAUUGGCAGUGGAAUUGGAGGUGGUCAUGGAAUGGGCGGUGGAAUUGGAGGUGGUCAUGGAAUGGGCGGUGGAAUUGGAGGUGGUCAUGGAAUGGGUGGUGGAAAUGUAGGCGGUCAUGGAAUGGGCGGUGGGAAUUUAGGCGGUCAGGGAAUGGGCAGUGGAAUUGGAGGUGGCCAUGGAAUGGGCGGUGGAAUUGGAGGUGGUAAUGGAAUGGGUGGUGGAAUUGGAGGUGGUCAUGGAAUGGGCGGUGGACAUGGUGGCAGUGGAAGCGGCCAUGGAAUGGUCGGUGGACAUGUGGGCAAUGGAGGCGGUCCUAGUAAUGGCGGUGGCAAUGGAGGUGGUCAUGGAAUGGGCGGUGGAAAUGGAGGCGGUCAUGCAAUGGGCGGUGGAAAUGGAGGCGGUCAUGGAAUGAGCGGUGGAAAUGGAGGCGGACAUGGAAUGGGUGGUGGCCAUGGAGGUCCUCAUGGUGGUAAUGGAGGCGGUCAUGGAAUGAGUGGUGGACAUGGUGGCAAUGGAGUCGGUCAUGGAAUGGGAGGUGGACAUAAUGGAAAUGGAGGUGGUCAGGGAAUGGGCGGAGGUCAAGGAGGAGCACAUGGUGGUAAUGGAGGUGGGCAUGGUGGCUCUCAUGGAAUGGGUGCUGGUCAUGGCAGUAUGGGUGGUGGUGGUCAUGCUGGUAAUGGAGGCGGUCACGGUGGUGGUCAUGUUGGUAAUGGAGGCGGUCACGGUGGUGGCCAUGGAGGUAAUGGAGGCGGGCAUGGAGGUAGUCAUGGAGGUAAUGGAGGCGGACACGGUGGUGGACAUGGAGCUAAUGGAGGCGGACACGGUGGUGGUCAUGGAGCUAAUGGAGGCGGACACGGUGGUGGCCAUGGAGCUAACGGAGGCGGACACGGUGGUGGUCAUGGAGGUAAUGGAGGCGCACACGGUGGAGUUGGGGUUGGACACGGCGGAAGAAAUGGAGGAGCACAAUAUGGUCCUAAUGCAGGUUUAGGAGCAGUUGUUGGUGUUACUGGAUCUAGAGGCAAUGCAUUUGGAGGUCAAAACUUCGAAUCAUUACUUAGUACGUUCUCUAAUCAACAGUUAGCCAAACUUGCUGGUGUAAAUACCGGAAAUGGACCAUUUGGAGGUGCCCCGGCAGGAGGAAAUGGAGGACUACUUCAAAUGUUAAUGGGUCAAUCUGCGGGAAUAGGAGGGGGUCCUGACAUGGUAUCUGCAGGUGGUGCCGGAGGACCAAGUAUUUUUUCCACAGGUGGACCAAACGGUGCAAGCGUUGUAUCAAGCGGCGCCAAUAAAAAACCUAUCGUAAUUUCAUCUGGCGGAACAGUUGAGAUUGGAAUUCAUAAAGGACAAUCGGGACAACCAAAGCUUGUUAUAAAUCCGUCAAAUUCAAAUGCAAAUACCAAUAACAAUAAUAAUAACAAUUUAAAUAAUAAUGUAAAUGGAUACAAAGCUAGUGCCGCAAGUGGCAGUAAUGCUCAACCAAAUACUCAACAAAACCCGGUGGCUCAGGUGUUUGCAUUACAACAAGCCGGAUUAGACGCUGAAGAAAUUAUGCGUAUAUUACCUGCGCUAGGAGGGGUGUGAUUCGAGUGCAUUUUCAUUGAUUAAAAUCAUACUACAACUAA